UCGAAAGAAAUGAGAAACGUUUUUUCAUGUGAGUGUUGGAAAAAAAAUAAAUAAAUAAAACAACCAUUGGGGUUUGAUGUCGAUGUGGUUUCCGUGUUACGACCUGCCGCUGAUUUGGAAGCACGCGUUUCCUAGAUGUGCAUGAAGGCAGCACUGGAAGGAAGGAAGAGGAAAGGAAAGCUGUUGUGGACGCUUUUCUCUGAACAGACGGUGCAACACGUAGCAUCCAUCCCAGACGGAUCUUAUUCUCCCUGAGCUCUCCUGUCUCCAUGAUGGACAGCCUGGAGGAGGACCUGACCUGCUCGGUGUGUUACUCGCUGUUCUCCGACCCGCGGGUUCUGCCGUGUUCCCACACCUUCUGCAAGAACUGCCUGGACAACCUCCUCCAGGUCUCCAGCAACUACUCCAUCUGGCGUCCGCUGCGCCUGCCCAUAAAAUGUCCCAACUGUCGCAGCGUGGUGGAGCUGCCUCCGACAGGCGUGGACGCUCUCCCUUCCAACGUGUCUCUGCGAGCCAUCGUUGACAAAUACCAGAGGGACAGCGAGCCUCGAGCGCCGUCCUGUCAGGAGCACCGCAGGCAGCCUCUGAACAUGUACUGCAUCCAGGACCGGCAACUGAUCUGUGGUCUGUGCCUGACUGUCGGCCAGCACCAGGGCCAUCCCAUAGAUGACCUGCAGGCAGCUUUCAUUAGAGAAAAACAAACUCCGGCGCUGCUGCUCGCCAGACUCUCAGAGCAGAGAUGGGCUCAGGUGUGUGAGCUGGGGGAGCAGCUGGAGCAGGAGAAGGCCCGCUGCGAGUCUCUGCUGAGGCAGGACAGACAGGAGGUCAAUCAGUUCUUCGUCUCGUUAGAGGAGGUGCUGGCCAGGAAGAAGCAGGGCUACCUGGAAGCUUUGAGUGAAGUUGCUGCAGAGGUGUCGCAGGCCUACGACCCCCUCAUCGACAGAGUCAAGGAGCUGCAGGAGGAACAGUUGGACCUGGUGUCUUUGGGAUCGUCUGUGGAGGAGGAAGACUCCCCCCUCGUCUAUUUGGAGAAGGUUCAUCAGUUCAGAGACCGGGUGGAGAAGUUCAUCCAAACCCCCCUGCCCUCCGUGAUCAACCUCUCAGUGACGCCACGCGCAGCAUCGUACCUGCAGCAGAACUGGUCCGCUGUGACCAUCAGCAGCCUGGAGCGGGCGCCUGUUCCCAAGCUGUGCUGCUGUGCCAGCAGUACGGAGACUGAAGCAGAAGUAGCCCAGCCCAUCAGAGCGGCCUGGGACAGGUGGCGUCGGAUGCAACCCACUGCUUCUGUGGUGCUGCUGGGCCUGCUGCUGCUGGCAGCCCUGUGGGUGAACCCCGUCGGACGGGCGUCGCUCGGGUUCUCGCUCCUGUCCCGCCUCAGUCAGUUGGUCCAGGCUCUGAAUAGUAACACCCUUAUAUCUGUCUGGGAUAUGCUGGCGGCGAAGUGCGAAGCGGUUGGGGCUGCUGUGCGGGAAUGGAGUCCACAGCUGUCUGUGUUCAGAGACAGAGUCUUUCAGCAGGUGGCGGCUUUAUUUAAAACUCUGACAUCUCGCUGAGGGAGACCAGACUGGAAACUAAAUUCCUUAAACAUCUACUGGUCUCAUUUCUCUGUUCCAAAAACAAAAUAAUUCUUCAUUUUGAUACUUUAUAAACAGCUGCUAGUCAAGAUUUUACAUUAGUGGGUUUUACUCUUCUGUCGACAUUUAUAAGUUUAUAUAGAUUUUGGUUUCAGCCUAAACAGCAACAGUUUUCAUUUCUGCUUCAACACUGAUGUCUUAUGUGAAAUAGGAAUUUAAUUGAGCUGGAUUCUCUUCUGCUUAUUGCCUGUCAGCGCACACAGGAAGGCAGCCUGGGAAAUGAAGACAUAAUCAGAGAAGAAGAGCAGCAGCAGCAGCAAUUCUCUGAGGCUGAUCUUCUCUCAGCUGAGUGCAGAUGUCCAGGUUUCUUGUUCAUUUUAACAGCGUUUCGUGCUUUAAUUAUCACAUUAAGUAGCAUUCAGUGUUUUUAAUGUAUUGGUUUGUUUUUGAGAAAUGUUCUGCUCCUUUUAGAUUUAUUACUGUCGUUUAUUAUGACAAAGAAUGCCUAGAGACUUACAUUUUUCCAUGAUAUUAUGAGACAUGUGGAUCUCAUCACACCAGACUGUUUACAGCAAAUAAUAGAGGAAUGUGUUGCAUAACGAUUGACUCCCAAACUGUGCCUUUGACUAUUAUGCCUCAUCUUUUUUCUAGAACCAGCACUUUUCUUUUAAACCUUUAUAGUUGGACAACCUGUUUUUCAUCAGCUUUAUUUGAACAUCCAUUGUGGCUCUUAUGUACCAUGUUGGUUUGAUUCUGAAAUGACACACAGCCCUAUGAAUCAAAAUAUGUUACCUGUAAAGUGUAAAAAUAUGUUGUAACCUCUAUAAUUUUUUUGUAAAAGUUUGUUUUACUUAUGCAACAAUAAAUGUGUUGAAUUUG